AGCAGCGGACAAGGGAGAGACUGGAAUAGUAUGGAGGAGGUGGUAAGGAAGCGACCAAUAAUCUCUGCUAAGGAAAGAGGCCCGGGUCCCGGACGCUACGCUCUGCCCCCUACAGUUGGAUACAUUAACCAUGACUUCACUAAACCCAGCAGCCCUGCAUACUCCUUCCACAGUCGCAUGAGCAGUGCUAUGAUCUCUAUUGACUCCAGCCCUGGACCGAGGUAUUACAUUGAGGGCAAGGUUACCCGGUUCGGCCGGACAGAAACACCAUCCUACUCUAUUUCAGGAAGAGGCAGACCGAUCGGGAAGAAAGAUGAGCUGUUCCAGAUUCCCGGUCCAGGGGCCUACAGCCCAGAGAGGGCUCCACCACUGAACGCUCACCUCAGACCUCCAUCCUACACAAUCGGAGAACGAACUAGAUACCGUUCUAUGGAUCCUGUACCAGCGCCAAACAGCUACACUCUUCCUGAUCUCCUGGGUCCCCAGGUCCCCCACAAACCCGCCAGUUCCAGCUACAGCUUCUCAGGCCGGAGGACAGCCGGAUCUCCCUCUGAGGACCUCUCCAAAACACCGGGACCGGGACAGUACAGAAGCACCGACCCGGACAUCUACAGGCAGCGGCAGCCUUCUUUCACAAUGCAGAGCCGGACUAAGAGGCUAAAUUAUUCCUCGGUCGUUCCAGGUCCAGGCACGUACAGCCCAGAGAAGACUUAUAGGCACCUCCACAAGUCCCCGUCCUUCACUUUGGGCAUCAGGCACUCUGAGUUUGUUACCCCACUGGUGGUGAAUGUGACUGAUUGACUGACCACACCUUGACAAUCCUUACGUAUUUAUUUUUUAUGCGGUUUUUAACUCUGUGAUUAUUAUCCUCUUUUUCACUUCAAGCAAUGUAACAAUCCUAAACAAACAGUAUAAAAAUAAAUCGUAUUUCUGCACUGUA